AUGUUUUACAAAGGUUUGGCCAAAGAGGCCCGUGCACAGACCAAAUGUGACAUUUCAACCCCAAAAGUCAGGCGGGCCAGUUCCUCUUGCACUCCAGACCCCAAGCCAUCCCCGGAAAAACGCUUUGUCAAAGCUGGUGUCUCAGUCUACAUAGAUGAUGUUUUACAAAAAAAGACUGGAAUUAUUCCAAAGGUGUUGGAGGUUGACACAAAGAAGCCCAACUUUUAUGAAGACUUUCAUCAUCAUCUCUGGGGCUUGUUUUCUGAUGAAAUCCUCUUGAAAACUGAAAUUACCUAUCCACCCAACCCCGAACAGUACACAUGCUUAGGCACCCAUAACUCCAAGAUUGAAGACCCCAACAUCCUCUUGGACCUGGCACGAUCUGGAAAGACUAUCAAAAGCGCUUCAGUCAUCCACCUAAUCUACCAGCAUCCUAUGGACGCCUUUCCUGAAACAGAAAUCCCCACUUCAUCUCGCACAAACUCCAAGAGGAAAUAUUCAGGUGAUCAACCAAAGGCAUCUAAAGCCGCAACCUGGGCCCUUGGGGGAAAGUUUUCCACCAAACCUGCAAGGGGAGCCACCAGUCUUUCAUCCCAAGUCAACACCCUCAGUCACCCAGUUGGCCAGUCAAUCGUGAUAAAGACUGAUGGGUGGAUUCCUGCGCUACAGGUCCAUUUCUAUACCGUCGAUGAACAACCACCAUCUGGAGAAUCACGUCAAUCUUUCAUUAUCAAUGAUUACAUACGUGCGGUCACCUUCCCUUUGGAAAUCAAAGUCAACACUGGAAAGGUUUUAGGGGAGGGUUCCAGUCGCAGGUCUUAUGCUGCUCAAGUCUGCUCAUUAGAACAGGGUAAAGAGGUUGUCAACAAAUGGGUUGCCAAGCUACGGUACUCUGACCCUACACCCAAUGUUGCUAAUCAUGCCAGUGAUGCCAUAACUUAUCGUGGUUUUGCUCUUAUCCUGGCGGAAUUCAAAGAUCUCAUUACACAUCAUCCCUGA